GGUGGCUUUAGGAGAAACUGAAACUUGGUUCUCCGGGGGGGGCGGGCGGAAUGGUCACUGGUGAUUUAAAGAGCUGUCGCUUCCUCAGGCCUCCAGAGGGCACUGGGAAGUCACAGCUGCUGAGGGACGCCUCUGCUUCCCCACCUAAGCCAUGCACCUCUGCGGGGGCAACGAGCUGCUGACCGGGACAGACUUUGAGGAGCAUCAAAGGCAGCUGAAGAAGCAGCAGAAGAACCGGGCAGCGGCCCAGCGAAGCCGGCAGAAGCACACAGACAAGGCAGACGCCCUGCACCAGCAGCACGAGUUUCUGGAGAAAGACAACCUCACCCUGCGGAAGGAGAUCCAGGCCCUGCAGGCCGAGCUGGCAUGGUGGAGUCAGACCCUGCAGGUGCAUGAGCACCUGUGCCGCAUGGAUUGUUCCUCCUGCUCAGCUCCAGGGCUCCCGGGCUGCUGGGACCAGGCUGAGGGGCUCCUUGGCCCCAGCCCACAGGGACAACAUGGCUGCCCGGAGCAGCUGGAGCUGUUCCAGAGCCCAGACUCCUGCUCCCCAGCUCAGCCGCUCUCUCCAGGUCCACAUUCUCAUGAUCCACCCGGCCUCCUCCAGUCCCCUCUGCCCUCACUGUCCCUUAGACCCACUGUGGUUCCCAAACCUCCUGUCCAGCUGUCCCCCAGCCCUCUCCUGUUUUCUUCACACACUGGCUGCAGCCUGCUGGGGUCUUCCUCUAAGCUCAGUGCCCUCCAGCCCAGCCCCACGGCCCAAACUGCCCCUCCACAGCCCCUCGAGCUGGAGCACCCCACCAAAGGGAAGCUGGGGUCCUCUCCCAACAACCCUUCCUCUGCCCUGGGGUUUGCAGGUUUGCAGAGCAGAGAACACAAGCCUGUUCUCUCAGCGGCCGCUUGGCAAGGGCUGGGUGUCGAUCCCAGCUCUCACCCUCUCCUGGCCUUUCCUCUGCUCUCCUCUGCUCAAGUCCACUUUUAACCUGGUCCUUGGAGCUGGGUUGGCCACUUCUUUGGGCUCAGGAAGCAGCCUUAACACACAGGCAUCUCCUCCCUUGCUACUGAGGGCUGCCCUGCGUGACUGACCAGCUGGUCCAGGAUUUCACAGUGGAAAAGGAAGCCAUCACUGAUGCCUCCCACUGUGACAGGCCCUGUCACCAUCAAUAUCUUGUUUCAACCUUACAGUUGACCUGAAAAACUGCAAUUAUCACUCCACUUUUGCAGAUGAGGAAAUGCAGGCUCAAGGAAGCCAAAUGACAAAUCCAAGGUCACGAAAUCUUUCCUGGGGUCUGAAGCACCAUCCUCUGCUCCUCCUCCUCUCCUGGCCCAGGCAGACUAGGGGCUGAAAUCCUGGAAACUGAGGGCUGAUGUGAGAAGGUUUGCAUGCUGGGAGCAGGAAAGGGCUCUCCCUGCUGCUUCGUGAUUCCAGGGCCAGAGCCCUGCAGUCCUAGCAACCCCGACCCAGCUGGGGCAGGUCCAGAGUGGGCAGAGGCCAAGCAGAAGCUCUGAAGUGGACUCUUGCUUCCCCUUCCCCUAGAAAUGUUUUCAGUGCCAAGAAGCUGAACCUGGCCAGGGGCAGUGGCUCGUGCCUAUAAUCCCAGCACUU